CUCUGUUUGACCCCAGAUGUAAACAUGGCGGGUAGAGGGAGAGGAAGAGGUGGCCUCAAAGCAACUUUAUUGGGGCAGUCCUCGGCCGGUCAGUUGCGUAAACCUGGCGAAAAUACUCCAAAAAUAACUGUUAAAGACACACCUAAAGAACCACCAAAGCGUGAUUUAGCCGAUGAAUUAUCUAACAAAAUUAAGACUUUGGCCUUGGAACCCAAACCUGCAGAUUUAGACGAACUUCAGAGAAUAAGUAAAGAAUAUUCCACUGACCGUAAAAAGAUUGAAGAGAUAGCCCAGAUUAUUUAUGACCGCUGUUUAGGGGAUGCGGAAUUCUCAGUGACAGGAGCAGAUCUGUGCCAAAAGUUAACGGAAAUCGAGGCUGAUCAAGUCAAGUUUAGAAGUUGCAUUUUAAAGUUGAUUCAAAGGGAUUUUAAAGAAAAGGAAAACAUACAAAAAGAAUCGAAGUCGAAGUUUAUAUGUUUCACGUCGAUCUUGUGCCAGUUAUUCGGUCAUAUAAAAAUCAACGAUGUACCGAUGGUGCCGCUAGUUGUACCUGUCUUCGACUGUUUAGAUAUGCUACUGGAAGGUGGAGGAGAUGAGAUCGAAAGUUUUAAUAUGCAGAUUCAAAGUAUUGGUAUCUUACUUGAGAAGUAUAAUCCAGCUAGGAUGAAGAAUACUCUACAGACUCUCAGGACAAAGGUCAUUAGUUCAAGUUCGUCUGCCAGACAGCGAUGUUUAUUAUUGGAGGUGUUAGAACUCCAGGGACGAGGUUGGCGUGAUCAUGAUCCUGAGGUUGCUCGGUUUUACACCGAUCUGUUGAUGGACUUACAAGCUACUGAAGUGUUAGAGUAGAUAACGUGACUGUUCAGCAAUUAUGAAUGAGGUAUUGGAAACCUUAAAGAUGGCGCUGGUCAUCAACACGGUCAAAUAAAUGUUUGCAGAAAUGUGCUGGGUAGACAACACAGAAUGACACAAAUGCGACAGUUUGAGAAAUGUUAAAAGACUGAUGGGCUAUUUGACCGAGUUGAAAAUCAGCGCCAUCUUUAGUUUACUUUGGCUGGCAAAUUAAGGUAAUUUGAGCAAACUCUAGAAUGGCAGGAAUGAAAGUUGGGUAUCUCAAGAUCUGUUUCUGCUAUGGGGCUGCUGUGAAAAACAUGGACUCUGCAUUGUAAAAGUUGUUUUGACCAUUUCUGUUUUUUAAGAGCUUUUCAAAAACUACCUCUAAUCAACUGGGGCCAAAUUCAUGAAGGGCGUUUAAGGGUUAGACAUGUGUAACUUCUCCCUAAUCAGUUUCAGGGCCUAUUCAUAUUCUGUGAAGAUUUACAUGAAGGACCUGAAUCUGUCUAUUCAGUAGUUAAACGCUGUUUUAAGCUAAACGCCCUUUAUGAAUUUGGCCCCUGGUGUACAAGGUUGGAAACCGAGAUGUUUUUUUACAUUUUACUUUGCAAUCAUGAUUUAAGAAAAAAUGUACUUGUGUUCAUGUGUCAGCAAGGGUCAGAAGGUUUCAGUAUUUGAAAAUCACAAAUUCAAUCAACAAAUUCAUGAAAUGAUGUUUAUAAAUUGUGUUCCAAUGUAAUUGAUAACAAAACAGUCAAGAAUUUUGGUUGUAUAAUGUAACAUUUCUUACAAGUCGAUAAAAAUCUUUCAAAAGA